AUGGCCGAGGGAUAUCAACCGGAUCCAUCACUGUCGCAAGCCACCGACCGCAUAAGACCUGCAGCUUUCCUGCAGGCAACCUGGGGUGGGGGUCGACAUGCAUUGGCCCAGGUCGGACGAGCUCCGACUGAUGGCCCCUUCCCCGCGUUGUACGCAUCGCAGUACGACCCCAAACAGGCCGAUCUUCGCCCUUCCAUUGUCAUCAUUGGCUGGCCCUCAGCACUCCUCGGCUCACACCAGCACGAGACCAAGCUCACGCCGAAGUCGAGAUUUGGCGCCAUGGGAUCAAUCGCAGAUGGCCCGCCGAAGGGCGGCUUCAGCCUCGUCCUGCAGAACCCCUAUCUAUGUGGCGUGGCUUCGUUUUCGACCCUCGGUGGAUUGCUCUUCGGAUACGACCAAGGCGUGAUCAGCGGCGUCAUCACCAUGGAGUCCUUCGCUGCCCGCUGCGCGCGGAUGAAGAAGCAGAGGCCGAGGCGCUUGACGUCCGUACUAGGCGAUGAUCGGGGCUCCACGCGCAGCUCGAUCGUUGUCUUGGGCUCUGCGGCGUCGUAUGUUGGAAUGCGCGAUGUAGCGCCGUAUACGGCGGCGAAGCAUGCUGUUGUUGGGAUGGUCAAGACCGCUGGUAAGCGUUCACAGAAAGUUCUCUGUUGCCCAGCGGAUUUUAACAAUGGCCAUUUAGCAUUGGAUAAUAUCCCCCACGGCAUCCGUGUCAACGCCGUCUGUCCGUCGUUCGUGAACACGCCCGGUGUAACGGCUGCGAUUGAGAGUGACUGUAACCUAGCAGAGCUUGUGGCCAAGAUGCAUCCGAUGGGCCGAAUUGCGAAUGUUGAGGAGGUUGCGGAUGCUGUUGUCUUCCUAUGCAGCGAUCGGUUCAGCUAUAUCACGGGGCAGGGGCUUGUUGUUGAUGGGGGGUCGACGCUUGGUAGUCAUGUCUGA